AUGUUUUUCCACUUCUGUACUUUUCAUUACUGGAUUUAUUAUAGUUCGCGUGUCGCUAUUGAAGCUGCCUUAAAGGAGGAUUUCGGAGAGGUGACGAGCAGCGGUAGCGACUCACCUGUGCUUCUUCACACAGACUCUAGAACUUCUCGCAGGAAAAACACCAGGCGGAGGAUCCUCAAAUCUUCGUCUUCUGGUUCAGAUGAUGAAAACCAUCGUCCCAGUAAUCCCUGCGAAUCCUCAGUUUCGUAUACUUCCAACACAGGUUUACGCUGUCGUCCUUUGACUUUAACGGUCACCAUUGAUGAUGUCGAGGAAACACAGUCUGUUUUUCCUUCAACUUCUCGUCCUCGUCGUGCUGUUGUAAGGAGUGCUGAAGAGCGACGGGAACGGAAUCGUCGGUUGAUAGAGCGCCGUCAAAGACGUCGACAGCAGCCGCCCUUAGUCAUUUUGGGCGCUGAUUCAUCUACCGAUGAAGAUGAAGAGGCGAAUAAGAAGCGUGCCCAAGAAAAGUCUGACUACCAGUUAGCACUGAAGCUUGCAGAGGAAUGGAGCAAGAAAGUGUACAUAAGUGUUGCUCCUAAUAUUUACAUACUUGAAGAAAUUAACGCGUCUGAUCAGAAUUUGUCGUGUAACCUAGACCGAAGCAGACUUGACUGUGAUGGACGUCAAUGUAUAAUUUGUUUCGAAGUGCCGAAGCGGCCAGUUGGUUGUAUUCACUGCCGUCAGAUGAUAGGAUGCGAAGCCUGUAUCCUGAAAUGGAGACGAACGACGAACAUUAGCCGUCUUAACAGGUCUUCACCACUCUCCAGAGGUAUUAGUUCAGCGAAUCAUCGGAGUUGUCCGCUUUGUCGAUUCGAGUGGGAAGACGCUCCCGAAGUUGCUCCGUGGGAAGAAUUACUUUGUUGA